AUGGCCGACCAACGCUCCGACCCGCCGUCCACCACGCUCACACCGGUGCCUCCGUCGCAGCGCCAGCACCUCCCCGGCAUCAUCCCUCCCCACGGCAUCAGCAUCAACCUCGAUGCGGCCACGCCCACCGCCAACGAUGCCCACCAUCCGCUGCCCAUCAGACACAUGUCUGCGCCGGCAUACCAAAGCCCCGCCCGACACCACAAGCGAGCGCCCUCAAGAUCCAAGGCCGUGAAAGAGACAUUGAACGCCAGGUCCCACUACGGCAGUAGCGACGACGAUGGCGGGGCCAUCCACCGCAUCAACCAGUACAUCAUCAAGCAAGAGAUCGGCAGAGGCAGCUUCGGCGCAGUCCAUCUGGCCGUGGACCAAUAUGGAAAUGAAUAUGCGGUCAAGGAGUUCUCCAAAUCGCGACUCCGGAAACGAGCCCAGUCGAAUCUUCUGCGCAAGCCGAACCAGCUUCGUCGACCGCAGAACCUCGCUGCGGGAUUGGGCUUCAAUUCGCCUUUGCAUCGGCUGUCGAGCUCGGAUAAGCUGAAUGGGGAGAACAACAACUCGCUGGAGCUGAUCAAGGAGGAGAUUGCGAUUAUGAAGAAGCUGGACCACCACAACCUCGUGCAGUUGAUCGAAGUGCUGGACGAUCCUCAGGAAGAUUCGCUGUACAUGGUUCUGGAAAUGUGCAAGAAGGGCGUGGUUAUGCACGUAGGUCUGGACGAGCGAGCAACACCAUACAACGAGGAAGCCUGCCGGUGUUGGUUCCGUGACAUGAUCCUGGGCAUUGAGUACCUCCACGCGCAGGGUAUUAUACAUCGAGACAUCAAACCCGACAAUUGCCUAAUCACGCACGAUGAUGUGUUGAAGAUCGUGGACUUUGGUGUGAGCGAGAUGUUUGAGAAGGAUUCCGACAUGCACACGGCCAAAUCGGCAGGGAGUCCUGCUUUCAUGCCCCCAGAGCUUUGUGUUGUACGACAUGGUGCAGUGAGCGGCAAGGCGGCGGAUAUCUGGAGUAUGGGCGUUACGCUGUAUUGUCUGCGGUAUGGCAAGAUUCCGUUUGAGAAGUCGGGCAUGUUGGAGCUUUAUGAGAGCAUCAAGAACGAGGAUGUGCCAAUUGAAGAGGAACAAAACGACGAGUUUGCCGAUCUGAUGCGCAGGUUACUCGAGAAGGAUCCGGAGAAGAGAAUUACCAUGGAAGAGCUCAGAGAACAUCCCUGGGUGACGAAGGGAGGCACUGACAAGCUACUUUCGACGGAAGAGAACUGCACAGAUCUGAUCGAGCCACCGACUGAAGCUGAGAUGGACCAAGCCAUUACUGGAAACAUGGCCAACUUGAUGGUCGUCGUCAAGGCAGCGAAACGUUUCAAGAGACUACUGAAGCGGGCACAGUUCAUGGAUGGCUUCUUUGGUCGUGAAUCUCGGAUGGUUGCUCCACCUCACUCGGUGCAUGGUCACAGUAGAAGCGCUGAUACCCAGCAACGACGGCCGCUGCACGAAGCCGUUGCCAACCAAGCUGACGGCAUUGAUCGUGAGGUCGAUGAAGAUAUCUUGCAAGCUGAUCUUGUAAAGUCAGAUACACAAACGCCUGCGUCGCUGGAUAGUACUGGCGGUGCUGAAGUACACCACGACGAGUCAGAGGCUCACCAGGUCCAACGUCGUGAGACCGAAGGUCACCAGUCAACGCUUUCUGACUCGGAUGACCCAGAGCCCGAUGUGCUACCUCAACGAGCCCGCACAUUUCCUGUGGAUGAGAAAGCUAAAGGCCAUGCUCACGACCCGCUCGAAGAUAGGCUGUUCUUGCGGAUAGGACCCGGAGCUGAUAUUGCUGAGAGCGGUGAUCCGAUGGAAGAGCCCAUCAUCAGUGAGAGCCCUGGCGGCGUUGACGAUGACAUUUACGAGCAAGCGUAUCAAGAGGAAAUCAAACGCAUCCUCGCCGAACGCGAAGGUGCCCAGCUGGUCCUCACUCGCCGAGUCGAACACAUCGAACGCCUCCGCAAACACCCCAACGUCCUCUCCUCCUCCGUCAACCACGCCAUGUUCUUCGCCGGCAGCACCGCCCGCCGUGCCGAAGCCCGCAUGCGCAACGGAGGCCUCGCCGCCCUCGUCCGCGAUGCCCGCGACCGAGCCCGCGCCACUGUUGCCGAAGCAGAACGCAGUUCCAACCUCUCCAGUCCCGACGCCACGCCCGGCGCCAGCCCCAAAGACGACCUGGACGGUUCCGCGGACCCCAUCGCGUCUCGAGGCACGUCAAGAUCACCGAAUCCUGAGGUCGUCAGACUGAGGGAUUAUGCACGGGCGAGUGCGUCCUCGGCGUUGAAGGGAUUGAGCAAAAGGUUGGAUGAGACCGCCGCGAGGUUGGAUGCUCGUGGACGCACGCCGAGCCAGCAGCCUUAUCCUGAGACGUGA